UUUUAGUUAUUUUUUAGUAAGAAAUUUAUAUAUUUUUUAUUUUUUUGAUUACUAUUCUUAAAAAUGUUUUCAAUCAAGUUAUACAAAAUUUGCAUUUCUUUACUUUACGCAAUUUCGUUUAUUGAAGCAUAUCCUAAUUCGCUAAAAAAUACAGCAAUCAUUAAUCAUUUUUGUAAAAACAAUUUUUGGAAAUAUUUAUCUAAUUUACAGGAAGUGCGAUAUGGUCAAAAAACUUAUUACUCAAAGAGUAUUAAUUACAUUGCCGAUACAUCAACAAGCAAUGAUAAAGUACGUAGUGCUACAUUAUUACUUAGCUGUCUAUACGCUCAAGAUUUAAGACAAAUAUUCUAUAUGGUCAAUGAUUACCAAAACAUAUGUCAAAUAAUUCUAGAAAAAAAAUGUAAUCCCUAUCUAUGUACCAUAAAUUUAUUGACUGUUAUUAAAAAAAUAACUAUAUUGGCAACAAUCAUAAAAGAAUCAUUGAUUUCAUUAGAUGCGGUAUAUACUAUGCCACCAAACCAAACAAUAGAAGAUUAUAUAUUAUAUGAUUUUUUGUCGCGUUUACAAGAAGUUGAAAAAACUGUUGCUAAUAAACCUCCGUCGCAGGAUAAUACAAGGGAUUGUGAAAUAAUCUUAUUAAAUAUUAAAAAUGUUUUUAAAUCAAAGAUAGAAGAUAUGGACGAAGAAAUUCAAGGCAAACGUAAAAGAGAAUGCAAGUUUAUCACUGUCAAUUUACAUCCAAUGAGUCAAGAUUUGAAGACAGUGGAUAAUGUAGAAAUUGAUUUUUAUUAUUUUAAAGAUUUGAAUAAAAAAUUUGAUAUUGAAUUUCGGAAGAUUCUUAUACAAAAGUAUUUUAAUUUAGGCUUCUAUUUCAACACAAAUAUUAAGAUGGUUCAUUUACCAACGCCAGGAAAAGAUCUCUAUGAUAAAGAAAAUGAGUUAAACAAAUCAGAAUUUAUGAAGAAAGAAAUAGGAAAGAAAUCACCAACUGAAGUAGAACAAUUAUUGAAAUUUCUUAAACAAGUAUUAACAAUCAGAUUUACAUUCUUCUACUUCCCGAACUUUACAUGCUACAGAUGGUGGUGGUCCUAUUUCACAUGUUAAGAAGUCAAAAAUGUUUCUUGGCUAGGUCAAUGAUGGACGUUAAAGGUAAUAUGGCUGGCUUUUACCAGAGACAAGUAUCACAAGGAAAAUCUUGCUGGCGCCCUAGAGAUCGAACUCGAGACCCCGAGCGCCAAAACAUGCUUUUCUAUCCGCUAGGCCAAGC